CCAAGAACCCUAAAAUAGGGGAAAGGAUGGCUUGGCGGCAAGUGAUGAAUCGCGCGGCGCCCUGGCGGAGCGGCGGGCAGAUUCUUGGGCGGCGCUGGGCGGCAUUGUGUGAGGAUCAUCAGGUGUGGAGGGCAGUGCAAGGGCGCCAAAGUCCAGACGCGCCGUGGAAUGCAAUGCAGGGGUUUGGAACUCCAUCCGACGACCUAGCUCUGUUGAUUCCUGUGGGAUUGCCUUUGCCCUGGCCUGCAAACGGUCCAGCGCCAUGGUCAGCUCACGAUGAGGUGAAAUGCCCCGAGAUCUUGGAUGCCGACGAGAGCUCGAUGAUCAUGAUGCCCAAGAGGACUUAUCAGCCAAACAACAAGAAGCGGAAAAGGACUCAUGGAUUUCUCGUGAGGAUGAGGACUCCAGCAGGGAGACGGAUUAUCAGGCGUAGACGGGCCAAAGGAAGAUGGAGGCUAGCAGUGUAGCAGGCACAUUUGUAAGUUGACCAGUUCCAAACUAGUUUUGUGCUUUGCUUUCAAAGACUUGUUCGGGAAAAUUGAGCUCAGCUUAUGAGUUGAGCUCAAAGUCAAUGGUAGUCAACGAAAGUCUUUACUGUCAUUGACUUCGAAAACUAAA